UCAGUGCAUUUCAUGAAAACACUUCCUAAAAAAGGAACGACGAAUACUGAGAAGGGACGAUGGAGUGGAGUCAGCCGACCCAGGGUCAAAAGGAUCCUUUUACCUGGUUCACAGAGUCCCAGCUGCGGUCUGUGUUCGGGAACGGCUCGGUUCCAGAUUGGUUUCAUGGGACCAUUACGAGGAAGACAGCUGAAGAACGGCUCACAUUGAAGCCGCCUGGCUACUUCCUCAUCAGAGUCAGCGAGAGCAGAGUUGGCUACACCCUCUCAUAUCGUGAAGACGAACACUGCAGACAUUUCAUGAUUGAUGUCCUGGAGGACGGCCAGUACAUCAUAAUAGGCGAGAACAGGACUCACAGGAGUCUGCAGGACCUGGUGGACUUUCAUCGCCGGAAUCCCAUCCUGCCUUUCAAUCAGGUGCUAACUGUUGCUUGUGGACAGUCAUCAGCUAACUCUAUAGACUAUGCAGAACUACUGUUCUCCCAAAGACCCCGAAGUUACUCCACCAGUGUGCUACCCAGUAACCUCCGGCAGCCCAACCCGAGUCAACCACAACAAGCGGACGAGCUCCCACCCGCCCUUCCUUAUCGUCCCAACAACCUGAGGAACUCUGCACUCUUUCUCCCAAACAGCCAACCAAACAGACUCUACCCUAGUUUGGAGGAAGAUUUCCAACACUUCACCUCUCCUCUUCCUGCUUCGCCAGCACCAAAUAUGAGGAAAAGCUCUCCAUGGAUCCAGCCUCCUGAGGUCCCUUUGAGGAAUCAUGUUGUCCAAAAGCAAAACCUUGUCUGCGGCACAACAACAACCUUGGUGUCUGACAGCUCCUCUACGCCGACAGCCACCGAGAGAAAACUCUUCACCAACAACCAGCCAGUGAAGUCACAGAAUCUGAUGCCAUUAGUCGCUGUGAACCUAAAGAGCAUCAAGAAGAAAUUCCAGAAGAAGAUGAGCAACCCACAGGAAAACGUCUAUGCAGAGAUUACUGACGGGCCAAAUAACAGCAGCGCAGUCAUGGAAAACGAAUACCAGGAAAUCACAGGAGAGCUCACAUUUCGUGGUCCCCCUCAGCACCACACAGAUGUGAGACUAAACAAUCAAAUGCUACCUCAGGAGUACAGAUCACCUCCACCUUUUGCUCCAGGCUACUGAGAUACUGGCAUUCAUUUUACAGCUCCCGCUAUUGACUGUGUUGUGAAUUACACUGCAAGCCCAUCAGUAGAUAGCAAGGAGAAAUCACCGGAUCAAGAAAUCUUGACGACAAAUUUGUGAUGUGUAGAAAGGGAAUGAAUAAAAUGCGGGUUCAGUUGACAGGUCAGAUAGGACCGGUGUUCUUGUAUAUUUCAUGAGGACUUAAAACUGCUCAACAUAUUCAUCCUUUGAGCUCAAAGCAAGCUCAUUUGUCUGGCAUUGUGCUAAGUGCAUAUAUAACUUUUAGGUCAACCUUAAAAAAUAAUAAAUUAGCCUGUUUGUUCAUCUUGAUCGAGAUGUUAAACCUGCUUAAUGUUUUCAGUUUUUAAUUUGACAAAACCUGUGAAAAAAAAUGAGCAACUACCCUGAGGCAAAGUAGAAACUGUGACAUAUUGUCGAUCCAGAUUAAUCCAGAUCUAAUUUGGCUUUUAAAAGAUUAUUUUUGUUCCGUUCAGACAGGGUCAGAUUCAUUGUUACAUUGUUGGAAUUAUUUUUUGUGACAACAAAGCAAUACAUGUAAAUACAGGUAGCCUGCUGCAGUUUUUAUCCGUUAGGCAUUAACUUUCCAUAAAUGUUUUACACUUCAAUGAAGUAACAGAUCCCUGCAAAGAAAACUUAAGAAAAAAAUGUUACUGAGUGCUACAGCAGACAAAUGGGUGAUGCAUUUGACAACAUCUGUUAUCAAAAAGGUGCAAUUGAAAGAGAGAAAAUGAAUACUGGUCAUAUAAAGUGAGUUAAAACAGUUGUUGCAAACAGUUUUCAAUGAAAAAUGUAUAAUGUAUAAUAUGUACCCCUGUAACUUUCUAAUGUAUAUUCAAUGCAGACUUUAAUGGAUGCAAAACAUGUUAUGUCACAUUUAUACUUUUGAAUAUGGAUGUAAUAUCAUUAAAUGACUCAAAUAAAGCACUUUAAGAGAU